AUGAACCUGCCGCUUCCUCUUCUGUGCGUCCUCCUGGAGCUCCUCGCGGUGAGCUGUCAGGAUCUGCUGCAGAGCCGUAUCGUGGGUGGAUACGUCCCGACGCCGUACUCUAUCAAGUACAUCGUGUCCAUUCAGAGCGCUACGGGCCAGCACUUGUGUGGCGGGACCUUAAUUAACAAAUACUGGGUGCUGACCGCAGCACACUGCAAUAUAGGCGAGGCAAACAUGAGGAUUGUGGCCGGAGAUUAUUCUGUGGGAUUAUAUGAGGGGACGGAGCAGUUUCGCAGACCUCAUGUUUUAAUACCUCACCCACAGUACAACAAAGCCACCAAUAACGCAGACAUCAUGCUCAUUAAGCUGCGGUCUCCGGUCUAUCUGAACAGCUUUGUGUCUCUUGCGCCGCUGCCUCGGCAGGACGCCAUGGUGGCCGUGGGUCGCGUGUGCAGGGUGUCCGGAUGGGGCUUCACCACUCCAACGGGAGGAAUCCCUGCAACGCUGCAGACGGUGAAGCUGCCCAUAGUGUCCACCGCAGUGUGUAAUGGCACAGACUCUUUUAAUGGAAACAUCACAGAGAAUAUGAUCUGUGCAGGAUACAGCGCAGGAGGAAAAGACGCAUGUAAGGGGGAUUCUGGAGGACCGCUGGUGUGCGAGGGCCGUGUCUACGGCAUCGUCUCCUGGGGCAAUGGCUGUGCUGAUGCCCAGUACCCUGGCGUCUACACUUCCGUCUCAAGGUUUCGCCAAUGGAUCGAUGGAACUAUAUUUGGCUUUUAUGGAAGGUGCCUCAAGUAUUAGACUGCAGUGUUACCCCAGCACUCCCCUAAUCGAACUUGAAACAGCCUCGAAACAUGCCAACUUGUACAAGAAUAUUUGAAAAGUUAGUGAACUUUGUUUUUCAGAAGAGUACACUGCUGUUCUGAAACAACACAUCUGUUCCUCAACGACUGGUAGACCUUUUUUUAAACAAUAGUUUGUGCAAACUGUUCCUUAAAUGUGCCAUAAUGCUGCUUCUCUGCAAAGUCAGUGAAAACUAAAAAUAGAAAGCUGAAGGAAUAUUUUCCAACAAACGAAACAAAUUACAAACUUUUUUUUAUGGAAUGAUACUUGUGAGAACGACCUAUUCAACAUUAAAAUGAAUGCAAACAGACUUUCAUUUGGACUAUAAUCAAACCAGUUACAUAUUUUAAGACUAAGCAUUUUGUGAGUGCCUGCAAGUCGGAUGCAAGGUAAAGGAAUAGUUCACACAAAAAUGAAGUUAUCAUUUACUCACCCUCAUUUUUUGUCGAACCCGUAUGAAUUUGCCUUUAUUUCUUUCAUCUGUGGAAUACAAAAUUAAUCAUUGAAUGUACAAGCCAAGGUUGUAGGCAAGACUGAAUGCCCUGCUGAACCUGGUUUGCUUUUCUUCAAUGAUUUUUAAGAGGGGUUUUAGGCACUUUCAGCUGGUCAGCCUGGGAGACCAUCUUAAACUAGCUAAAACCAUCAAAGUCUGGUUUAAAUGUGUGUGUGAGUGUUUUUUAAAGGUGUGGAUAUCAUAUCUCAUGAUUUAGUCUCAAAAGAAUUUGAUGUAAAAUUAAUAAACCAUUUCUCAUUUAAUUUUUUUAAUAAAUAAAUUCAUACUGAAAUCUCUGACUUUUGAUAUCAAAUCUGAGCACAGUUUGAGACACUGCUAAGAACUCUUUGGAAACACAUAUGAGAUUACUGUGGUCUUUUUCUAAGGAAAAAAAAAAAAGCAGAAGAUUCAAGCAAAAAUCUUAGUUUAAUCUCACUGCUGCCUAGUAGAUGCAAUAGAGAUAUUUGUGAUUUUUUUUUUUUUUUUAUCUAUAGUCUAGUUUUAAUAGUCUACCUGUAGUCUACCUUUAUUGUUCAGUUUGUUCCCUAUCAUCUGUUCUGUUGUGUUGACAUUUACCACAUGAAUGGCUGUAUUUAGGCUAUUCUUCUAGGCAGGCAUGAACGUGAUUCCAGGAAGGAGUGGCUGAAAUCUGGACAUAUUAAACUACACCCGAUAGGUCAUCUGAGGCCAUAUCAGCACACCAUAAAUACUGCACGCCCUGCUUUGACAAGUCUCAAAUUACACAACUAGGGAGAUGUCCUUCAGCUUAAGGGAGUGUCCUUCAUCCAGUGAUGGAUAUGAGGCUCCAGCCUUAAGGAUUACAUAAAGAGACGUCUCUAUUGUGAGAUCCAUAACUUGAACACGUCACAGUGGACUUUGAAAACCUAUCGCGUGACAUAUUCAUCCAUAGUCUCGUACAAGGAGCAUCUCAAAGGGAAAACUGACGUUUUUGUUGUGCAGAUUUUCACAUUGUAGGAUUUAGCACGGACUAACAAUAGUCUCAUGAUCGCAACUCUCAGGGGAAUCUGGCUUUGUUGUCAAAUAGACAAAACAUGUCAUGUAACAGUGAGAUGUGUCUGAAAUUAGGCCAGCCUUAUCGGUUUUUCCACAGUCUAGUUUGAGACAAAAUUUACUAAUAAAUAAAAGCAUGGUACAAGAUACUUCUUGAGUACUGGAUAAUACACUGUUGCGGUUCAACUUGCCUAAUCUUUACUGGACAAUGAUUCACUUAACCGAUUGGUUCAAUAGGGUAUUUUGAUGACAUACAUACAUACAGAUCAGUAACACUACAACUGUACUUGGUAUACUCAGUUGUCAUGUGUCAAAAGCCUUGCUUAAAAGUACUACUUGAUAAGUAUUAACACUAAGAAGUACUGUGUAGUUACUUCAGUGUAUCAUUUUGGUAAGCACAUUUGUUUCACAGUAGU